AUAUAAUCAUUUGGUUUUCUUAUUUUGUUUUUUUGUAGGUUGAUGAAUGGCAUCACCGAGUACGAUCAAAAACUAAAAUCACUUCCAAGAUUUAUGCUGAUUCGCCAGCAUUCACCAAAGAAAUAUGAUUGGAAUUCAAUUUUAAUUUUCUCAAUAGUUUAUUAUAUUACAACGGCAUUUACUUGUGUUAUAUUAUGGCCACCAAAUACUAUUAACUUCGUUGUUAUAACCAUGUAUUUUUUUCGGAUAGAAUACGUCUUGGACGUUGCUGUAUGUUUUUCGACAUACUUUUUCCUAAAACAAUUAGAGUAUAGAUUUCAGACGUUGAAUGAGUCCUGGAAAUAUCUUCUUCCCGGAUUUCUCCCUUUUCCUGAGGAAUGGACACGUUCCAUAACAGGAAUGACACUGGAUAAAAUACGUUUGUUACACGCUGAACUAUCGGACUUAUUAAGAUUAUUCAGUAUGGGUUUCGGACAAAUACUAUUAGGAUUUUUUGUAUUUAGUUAUAUCGAUAUGCUACUUCAAUUUUAUUAUUUUAUUAAUUUCAAUGACAAGAAAACAGAAAAAUUCAGUUUUUUAUAUUUUCUAAGAAAGACAGUGCCUCACAUUUUCAACCUAAAAAAUGUCAUAUUGAUUUUAACUAUUAUCAUUGCUGCAUCAAAUGUUCAUGAAAAGAAACGGAAGAUGAUUUCAAAUUUACGAUUAAUAAGGAUUUCAAAUUUAUCGGCAAACAUAAAAAUUCAAGUUAAAAUGUUUAUGAAUCAAAUAACAGUUUUUGAAUCUAGUGAAAUCACUGCUUUUGGAAUCUUCAGUAUAAAUUUGAAUCUUGUAAUAUCAAUACUAAUAUUACUUAUCACUGGUAUAGUAACAUUAAUACAAAUGAAGAAUCAUCCAAUGAUAUUGCAAUCAAAUCAAAAUGUACAGAAGUUUUUGUUAGGUAUUUAUAAUUUAACAAUUAAUUGAAAAUGUAAUAAAUUGUAGGUAAGAGCCAUACUUUACAAACUAUGAU